AUGGCGAAUUUGCAACAAUUCGGAAGAAAUCAGAGCCGAACCAUUGGCCAAACAGGUAACCAAAAUCCGUGCAAGUUUGUGGAGCUGAAGCAAUCCUCCCACACAUGGGGCCUUGGCGCCCCUCCGUCCCUGAGACUUACAGACCAAAAAUAUGAGAGAGAGAGAGAAACCAGCGUUCGAGUUCGUCCGGAGCGACCACAGAGCGCAGAACGCGGCGGCUUGGGCGCUGGGGGCGCGGCACGCUUCUCCCGGGCUGCAGGGCCUCUUACUCCAUCCCAGUGCAGGGCGCGGAGGCGGCGGCGACGGCAAGGACGGCGGUCGGGCGGCGGCUUCCUGGAUCUAGUGCAAGACGCCGCGGCGGCGACGAAGGUUGCUGUUGCGGCUGACGGACGCCGCCGCCGCGCUCUCCAUAUCCGACGCCGGGCCCAGACUGCGCCCUGGGUCUCCACCCCGUGGGUUGCAGCCCGCAGUUCCCCGAGGUGGCGAAGCGGGCGAGAGUCCUCAACCCGGAGGGGAGGGCCGGGGAGGAAGUGCGCGGGCCGCCGCCGGCGGGAGGGAGGGGGCGGGGGACAGGUCCGGCCGGGCCGCGGCGGCGCCCCUCGCUCCUCAGUCGCACACUCCGGGGUCACCAGACUCAAGCGCCGCCCCCUCACUGCCCGGCCAUCUUUUCGGCGCCGCACACACAGACGACUCCUCCGCCGAGCACGACGGCCGCCGCUGCCCUCAGCGCUCCCCGUCCGCGGAAGACAAGCGCCCACACCGCCAGGCCCCGCCGCCGCCCAGCGCACAGAGCAAGGCCCCGCGGCAGGCCCCUCCCCCGUGCCUUGCCGCCCUCACCCCGACUCCACGCGCCACUCCAGCUCGGAGAUCAAGGGCACUGGGAUAUAAAUAAACAAAAGCCUGACUUAGUGGAUGACUUCCCUCCCAUCUCAAAGUACAAAACCUUUUUUUGAGUAGCACAAAUCGUAACGCCAUAGGAAGCAUUUCUUAUCUCUGUACACACCAA